CUCGACAGGUUUAUCUCCGGGGAGGCGGAGAUUUCUACUGAUGCCACUCUGACUCGCCUCCUUAGUCUUCGUUUAACCAUCAUCAUGGACUUUCAAGACUGGAAGCGCCAUGUCAGCUCGACGCUGUCUCUGGCUUCGGAUCUAUUCACAGUUGUCAGGCUGGAAGGAGGGUAUCUCAACUCGACGAUUCGUUUGGAAUUGCUUAGAGAUCUACCCGAUUUCCCUGAAUCGAUACCUCAUCUCGCGGGGCAGCGAUCCUUGGUAUUGAAGCAUUAUCCGGGCUACAUGUACGCUUGGCCUGAAGCUCAACUGUCAACUGCUAGAGCAGCUAUAGAGGCCAAAGCUCUGAGGAUGAUGAGGGACAAUGCCCUCAUCCGAGAGGCAUUCCAAGAGCAAGGCGUAUCGGUCCCAAGCUUGGUCCACUUCGACGAAUCAAACAACGUGCUAUGGAUGGAGGACUUUGGGCCUAGAUCCACGAUGGAGAGUGGAUUGGAGAAACUCUCGACAGAUGUUAGUUCACGGCUCGGGAAAGCAUUGGCUGGAUUGCACAUUGCCACAAUGCCCAUGAACAAGCAUUUGACAGUCGAACCCAUGGCUGGGCCGCUGGCUCUUGCAGAGCACGAGGCUCGGAUGAGGAAUAUUCUGAAAGACGAAUUGGAUGUUGACGGACUCAUGGAAAGCCUAUGUAUGAAACACUCCCCUAUCAUUGGUUUGCCACAUGGAGAUGUAAGGGACGAUGAGCUCUGCCUUGGGCUCGGGGACAUUUGGCCAUCCUCGGUCCUUCUCCUGGAUGACUCGAGCUCCCCUCGAUUAGGUAUCAUAGAUUGGGAGUUUUUCGGUCCCCUACAUCCCGCUUCCGAGCUUGCUACGGUCACAGCCAGGCUAUAUAUAUCCUACUUGGGGCAGGGGCUUCAGGAGGCCUUCGAGGACAUAGCCAGAGCAUUCGUGUGUGGCUACAUGGAGAUAUUCCAGGAAUCUAAACAUGGGUCUUUGGUCUCGCGUGUAUCCUGGUCCGACAGAGCUGCUGCGGCAUGGGCAAGAGUCCUGCUGAAUGCGUUGGUGAGGGCCCAAGGAGAGGAUGGAAAUAGGUGGAAUGCGCAGAUGAUGGGAAACAUUCGAUCACAAGCUGUGCGACUGCUCAGGAGACAGGUCGACGAUCCUAUUCUCCGAUUGGUUUGCGCCAUCGGAUAACGGGCGCCUUUACUUCACAAGGCUGGACCUAGAACAUUGAUGGGACCAGACACACAUCAUUCAAGCGGGGUGGCAACACAUCGCCUCCGAAGUAACAGUGGCACCGAGGCCAGCCCCGCAGUUCUGUCCCCUUGAACGAUACAGAUCCAUC